ACGAGCGACCACCGACAUGGAGCGGGCUCCGGCGGCCAAGUAGCCGCUGCUCCCGGAGCCCGGGUGGGAGAGCCGCCCGCAGCCCGCCUUCCUAAUCCCGGCCGUGCCGCCGGUCAGGCCCCUGGGAGAAGCCCGGAGAAAAAAAUGAAGAGUUUUCGCCGGAAUCAGUUGGAAAUAGGACUAACUGCAAAGCCUUAAAAAGAAGGACCUCGGGAGGAGAAAGGAAAAGCCUCCUCCGGGCAAGACUUGGCGUGCUCGGCGCUGAGGAGAGCUGCUUCAGGGACCUCGCCCCCUCCCUUUCCCGCUGGAGAAAUUGCCGCUGAUGCAUUAUCCAAGUGGCGGUUGGGAGGAUUUGCAGCAGAAUUUUUGGUUUUCCCUCCCCCUUCUAUACAUUCUGUUUUUUUCCUCCCUUUUCUAUUUCCUUUCUUCCCGGGGAGUAAAUUGCUGAUGCAAAGGGGGACUUUAUUCAUUAAUGAUGCAACCGGAUUCGUUUCAGGAUUACGUUGCACGAAUUGAAUUUUGAAUGAAGGAGAAGAGUUUUUUUUUUUUUUUAAAGAAGUGUUGACUCAAGUUCGUUUAAUUAUUAUUUUAUUUAAAUAUACGAUUUAAUUGUAUUAUUCAUUUAAAAUGUAUUAAAUAUAUUUUAUGAUAACUUACCCUCCAAAUAUAUGUAUAUGGGUGUAAUUGAAGACGUUUCAGUUAAGUGAGGUUACUGGUGUAUUGGAUGUUUAAUUCAGCACCGGCAUUGCAUGACAGUUAUUGGAAUAACAAGUGGUUUAUUUCUAAAACCACACCUUUUAAAAUUUAGGUUCAAAUAGUAAAUAGUCAAACUUGUAAUAACAAUUUAGAAGCAAAUCAACAGAAAUCGAAGCAAACAUGUCCGGAGAAGUGCGUUUGAGGCAAUUGGAGCAAUUUAUUUUGGAUGGGCCGGCUCAGACCAAUGGGCAGUGCUUCAGCGUGGAGACCUUACUGGAUAUACUCAUCUGCCUUUAUGAUGAAUGCAAUAAUUCUCCAUUGAGAAGAGAGAAGAACAUUCUUGAAUACCUAGAAUGGGCUAAACCAUUUACUUCUAAAGUGAAACAAAUGCGAUUACAUAGAGAAGACUUUGAAAUAUUAAAGGUGAUUGGUCGAGGAGCUUUUGGGGAGGUUGCUGUAGUAAAACUAAAAAAUGCAGAUAAGGUAUUUGCCAUGAAAAUUUUGAAUAAAUGGGAAAUGCUGAAAAGAGCUGAGACAGCAUGUUUUCGUGAAGAACGGGAUGUGUUAGUGAAUGGAGACAAUAAAUGGAUUACAACUUUGCACUAUGCUUUCCAGGAUGACAAUAACUUAUACCUGGUUAUGGAUUAUUAUGUUGGUGGGGAUUUGCUUACUCUGCUCAGCAAAUUUGAAGAUAGAUUGCCUGAAGAUAUGGCUCGAUUUUACUUGGCUGAGAUGGUGAUAGCAAUUGACUCAGUUCAUCAACUACAUUAUGUGCACAGAGACAUCAAACCUGACAAUAUAUUGAUGGAUAUGAAUGGACAUAUUCGGUUAGCAGAUUUUGGUUCUUGUCUGAAGCUGAUGGAAGAUGGAACGGUCCAGUCCUCAGUGGCAGUUGGGACCCCAGAUUACAUUUCUCCUGAAAUCCUUCAAGCAAUGGAAGAUGGAAAAGGCAGAUAUGGACCUGAGUGUGACUGGUGGUCUUUGGGGGUCUGUAUGUAUGAAAUGCUGUAUGGAGAAACACCAUUCUAUGCAGAAUCUCUGGUGGAGACAUAUGGGAAAAUUAUGAAUCACAAAGAGAGAUUUCAGUUUCCAGCCCAAGUGACUGAUGUAUCUGAAAAUGCUAAGGAUCUUAUUCGAAGACUUAUUUGUAGCAGAGAGCAUCGACUUGGUCAAAAUGGAAUAGAAGACUUUAAGAAACAUCCAUUUUUUAGUGGAAUUGAUUGGGAUAAUAUUAGAAACUGUGAAGCACCUUAUAUUCCAGAAGUUAGUAGCCCAACAGAUACAUCAAAUUUUGAUGUAGAUGAUGACUGUUUAAAAAAUUCUGAAACAAUGCCUCCACCAACACAUACUGCAUUUUCUGGUCAUCAUCUGCCAUUUGUUGGUUUUACUUAUACUAGUAGUUGUGUUCUUUCUGAUCGGAGCUGUUUAAGAGUCACAGCUGGUCCCACCUCACUGGAUCUCGAUGUUAAUGUCCAGAGGACUCUUGAUAACAACUUAGCAACAGAAGCUUAUGAGAGAAGAAUUAAGCGUCUUGAACAGGAAAAACUUGAACUUAGUAGAAAGCUUCAAGAGUCAACACAGACCGUCCAAGCUCUACAGUAUUCAACUGUUGAUGGUCCACUAACAGCAAGCAAGGAUUUAGAAAUAAAAACCUUAAAAGAAGAAAUUGAAAAACUAAGGAAACAAGUAGAAGAAUCCAGUCAUUUGGAGCAGCAACUUGAAGAAGCUAAUUCUGUGAGGCGAGAAUUAGAUGAUGCUUUUAGACAAAUCAAGGCUUAUGAAAAACAAAUCAGAACUUUACAACAAGAAAGGGAAGAGCUAAAUAAGGAACUAGUCCAGGCUAGUGAGCGAUUAAAAAACCAAUCCAAAGAGCUGAAAGACGCACACUGUCAGAGGAAACUGGCCAUGCAGGAAUUUAUGGAGAUCAAUGAGCGGCUAACAGAAUUGCACACCCAAAAACAGAAACUUGCUCGCCAUGUCCGAGAUAAGGAAGAAGAGGUGGACCUGGUGAUGCAAAAAGUUGAAAGCUUAAGGCAAGAGCUGCGCAGAACAGAAAGAGCCAAAAAAGAGCUGGAAGUUCAUACUGACGCUCUAGUUGCUGAAGCAUCUAAAGACAGGAAACUGCGGGAGCAGAGCGAGCACUACUCUAAACAACUGGAGAAUGAAUUGGAAGGACUGAAGCAAAAGCAAAUUAGUUAUUCACCUGGAGUUUGCAGCAUAGAACAUCAGCAAGAGAUAAACAAACUGAAGACUGAUUUAGAAAAGAAAAGUAUCUUUUAUGAAGAAGAAUUAUCUAAAAGAGAAGGAAUACAUGCAAAUGAGAUUAAAAAUCUGAAGAAAGAACUGCAUGAUUCAGAAGGCCAGCAACUUGCUCUCAACAAAGAAAUUAUGGUUUUAAAAGACAAACUGGAAAAAACCAGGAGAGAAAGUCAAAGUGAAAGAGAAGAAUUUGAAAAUGAGUUUAAACAACAGUAUGAACGAGAAAAAGUGUUACUAACUGAAGAAAAUAAAAAGUUGACAAGUGAACUUGAUAAGCUUACUACUUUGUAUGAGAAUUUAAGUAUGCGCAACCAACAGUUAGAAGAAGAGGUGAAAGAUAUAGCAGACAAGAAAGAAUCAGUUGCACAUUGGGAAGCCCAAAUCACGGAAAUAAUUCAGUGGGUCAGUGAUGAAAAGGAUGCACGAGGCUAUCUUCAGGCCUUAGCUUCUAAAAUGACUGAAGAAUUGGAAGCAUUAAGAAGUGCCAGCUUGGGUACACGAGCAACUGAUAUGCCCUGGAAAAUGCGUCGUUUUGCAAAACUGGAUAUGUCAGCUAGACUGGAAUUGCAGUCAGCUCUGGAUGCAGAAAUAAGAGCUAAACAGGCCAUCCAAGAAGAGCUGAAUAAAGUUAAAGCAGCUAACAUCAUAACAGAAUGUAAACUAAAAGAUUCAGAGAAGAAGAACUUGGAACUCCUAUCAGAAAUCGAACAACUGAUAAAGGACACUGAAGAGCUUAGAUCUGAAAAGGGUAUAGAGCACCAAGACUCACAGCAUUCUUUCUUGGCAUUUUUGAAUACGCCUACCGAUGCUCUGGAUCAAUUUGAAGAUUCCUUUUCUUCUUCCUCAUCCUCACUGAUUGAUUUUUUGGAUGACCACUCUCCAUCCUGUACUCCAGCUAGCAAAGGCAGACGUACUGAUCCCAUUGAAAACACUUAUGUAUGGAACCUGAGCAUCAAGUAUGUAAACAUCCAGUCAAGGUCCACAUCUCCUUCCAUAUCUAGUGAAGCUGAGCCAGUUAAGAUUGCAGACAGUGCUCCACUUCCAGUUCACACACCAACCUUAAGGAAAAAGGGAUGCCCUGGUUCAACUGGUUUUCCACCUAAGCGCAAGACUCACCAGUUUUUUGUAAAAUCAUUCACUAUUCCUACUAAAUGUCAUCAGUGUACCUCUUUGAUGGUGGGUUUGAUAAGACAGGGUUGCUCAUGUGAAGUGUGUGGAUUCUCAUGUCAUAUAACUUGUGUAAAUAAGGCUCCAACCGCUUGUCCAGUUCCCCCUGAGCAGACAAAAGGUCCCCUGGGUAUUGAUCCACAGAAAGGAAUAGGAACAGCAUAUGAAGGUCAUGUCAGGAUCCCUAAGCCAGCUGGAGUGAAGAAAGGAUGGCAGAGAGCACUUGCUGUGGUUUGUGACUUCAAACUUUUUCUGUACGAUAUUGCCGAAGGAAAAGCAUCUCAGCCCAGUGUUGUCAUUAGUCAAGUAAUUGACAUGAGAGAUGAAGAAUUUUCUGUGAGUUCAGUCUUGGCCUCUGAUGUUAUUCAUGCAAGUCGAAAAGAUAUACCCUGUAUAUUUAGAGUCACAGCUUCCCAGCUGUCAGCAUCCAAUAACAAGUGUUCAAUCCUGAUGCUAGCAGAUAGUGAGAAUGAGAAGAGUAAGUGGGUGGGAGUGCUGAGUGAAUUGCACAAGAUACUGAAGAAAAACAAAUUCAGAGACCGCUCAGUCUAUGUUCCCAAAGAGGCUUAUGAUAGCACUCUACCCCUCAUUAAAACAACCCAGGCAGCUGCAAUCAUAGAUCACGAAAGAAUAGCUUUAGGAAAUGAAGAAGGGUUAUUUGUUGUUCAUGUCACCAAAGAUGAAAUUAUCAGAGUUGGUGACAAUAAGAAGAUUCAUCAGAUUGAACUUAUUCCAAAUGAUCAGCUUGUUGCUGUGAUCUCAGGACGAAAUCGUCACGUACGACUUUUUCCUAUGUCAGCUUUGGACGGGCGAGAGACAGAUUUUUACAAGUUGGCAGAAACUAAAGGGUGUCAAACUAUAACUUCUGGAAAGAUGCGCCAUGGAGCUCUUACAUGCCUGUGUGUGGCUAUGAAAAGGCAGGUUCUCUGUUAUGAACUAUUUCAGAGCAAGACCCGUCACAGAAAAUUUAAAGAAAUUCAAGUCCCAUAUAAUGUCCAGUGGAUGGCAAUCUUCAGCGAACAGCUCUGUGUGGGAUUCCAGUCAGGAUUUCUAAAAUACCCCUUGAAUGGAGAAGGAAAUCCAUACAGUAUGCUCCAUUCAAAUGACCACACACUAUCAUUUAUUGCACAUCAACCAAUGGAUGCUAUCUGCGCAGUUGAGAUCUCCAGUAAAGAAUACCUGCUGUGUUUUAACAGCAUUGGGAUAUACACUGACUGCCAGGGCCGAAGAUCUAGACAACAGGAAUUGAUGUGGCCAGCAAAUCCUUCCUCUUGUUGUUACAAUGCACCAUAUCUCUCAGUGUAUAGUGAAAAUGCAGUUGAUAUCUUCGAUGUGAAUUCCAUGGAAUGGAUUCAGACUCUUCCUCUCAAAAAGGUUCGACCUUUAAACAGUGAAGGAUCUUUAAAUCUUUUAGGAUUGGAGACAGUUAGAUUGAUAUAUUUCAAAAAUAAGAUGGCAGAAGGGGAUGAGCUGGUGGUUCCUGAAACAUCAGAUAAUAGUCGGAAACAAAUGGUUAGAAAUAUCAACAACAAACGACGUUACUCCUUCAGAGUCCCAGAAGAAGAAAGGAUGCAACAGAGGAGGGAGAUGCUGCGGGAUCCAGAGAUGAGAAAUAAAUUAAUUUCUAACCCAACUAAUUUUAACCACAUAGCCCACAUGGGACCUGGAGAUGGAAUACAGAUUCUAAAAGACCUACCUAUGCCAGGUUUCCCUUAUCCAUCCCCUCAUCAUCACUCCGGUCUGAUCUCCUCUCCGAUCAACUUUGAGCACAUCUAUCACAUGACUGUUAAUUCUGCUGAAAAAUUUCUCUCUCCUGAUUCCAUAAACCCUGAAUAUUCCCCGUCUCUACGUUCUGUCCCUGGUACACCAAGCUUUAUGACUCUAAGGAACCCUCGUCCUCAGGAAAGCCGAACAGUAUUCAGUGGCUCAGUCAGUAUUCCAUCAAUCACCAAAUCCCGCCCUGAGCCAGGUCGGUCCAUGAGUGCUAGCAGCGGCCUGUCAGCAAGGUCAUCUGCACAGAAUGGCAGCGCAUUGAAGAGGGAAUUCUCUGGAGGAAGCUACAAUUCAAAGCGGCAGCCCAUGCCUUCCCCGUCAGAGGGCUCUUUGUCUUCUGGAGGUAUGGACCAAGGAAGCGAUGCCCCAGCAAGGGAUUAUGACGGAGAGGACUCUGAUUCUCCAAGGCAUUCCACAGCUUCCAACAGUUCCAACCUGAGCAGCCCCCCAAGCCCAGUUUCACCCCGAAAGACCAAGAGCCUCUCUCUGGAGAGCACCGACCGUGGGAGCUGGGACCCGUGAGCCCAGGGUGGCCCUCACCCCAGCACCCCCUACUGCCUCUUCCCUCACUUGCAUCUCCUCCCUCCACCUCAGCCUGGAAACCACCAGGAGCUGGCAGCAGUAGCAGGGUAGGGACUCGGCAGUUCUGAAGACACACCUGGCAGAUCAUGCUCCCUUACCUAACAGCCACAACAGGCAGGCUUCAGCAAGCAGCUGAGGUCAAUGUCGAUUCAUUCCAUACACUUAGAGUUGCUUUCAGUAACAUUUCACCCCUUCCCAAAAGGUAGCUGCAGUAGACUACACAAAUAUAAGUGAUAAGAGUAAGAUUAGACAGAUCUCGUUUUCACAAUAGCUCCUCAAUGUAGCCUCAGAUAAUACAUGGGAUUCUGCGCGCCGGAGGGACGGUGUCCUUGGAAAGGUUGCUGAGCAAGCCAGUGUCAGUCCAGUUGUUGCCAGGAAAUCCUCACAGAUUAAAACAAUGCAUAUUUUACUACAAUACAGAGUUUAAAUAAAUACAUAAAUGUAGAAGUUAAAUACUGAAUGUACAUAGUCAAAAGAAGCAUCUUGUAUUCAAUGAAAGAUGGAUGCAUAUAUGAGAGAAAGAGAUCAUUUAAUUUAAAGCAAUGUGUUGUUUUUUGUCUGUUUCCCAGCUAAGUCAUGUACAGGGUAGAAAGGCCUCGAGCUGACAUUUGUGGAGGGAGAGUGGAGAAAUCCCCAUCCUUGUGGUGCCCUGUCCUCAAGACCAGUGACAGGCUGUGGCCACCUUGGGAGCUUCUAGGGAACAUUUGGAGACUCUGGCUUUGUUGGUUUAUAGUACAACCUGGGCACCAGUGUUUUAACAUUUAAAGCCACUCAGUUUCAAAAAAAAACACUCACUUUUACCCAAAACACUUCUUUUUCUAGCAAUAGUGUGAACCAUACUUCUCACUUCUUACUAUAUUUUGCUAUUUGCUGCAGAUGAAUGUAGUAAUAUGAUUCUGUUACCAUGUGAUUCCUUCCAUCUGGAAGGGCACAGGAACUUCAUGGGUUUUGAAAGUCCAUAAAAAGUUCAUAGAAGUGCUGUGUUUCUUGGGCAAAUCCAGUUCCUCCUAAGGGUAUGGUGAGGUAGUCUGGCCCAGGUAUGGAAAUGGCUUUCGAAGGAGGAGACUUGUUGAGGGUGGGUGACAGAGUCCUUAGGUAAGCCUGGGAAAAAAGACUUACAGAUAAUAUGAAACCUCAAAAGCAAGGACUUGCUCAACCUCAACCAAAUACUCUUUCUCCUGUGUAGGCAAGAAUGAGUGAGGAAGCCAGUAUGCAGGCAGGAAGCUGGCCCCGCAGGCCUUUCCACUGAAUUCUCCCUCAGUUGCUGUUAUUUUGUUACAUUUCUUUUUGAAUUCCUGCUGUUGUACUUGCCACUAGGAAAUGAAAUGAAGAACCAGAAGAAUUUAGUUCUACACAGUAAUUUCACCACUUAAGUAUAUGAGUAGAGAAAGAGAUAAAAAUAAAAAUAGCUCAUGGAAGCAAAGAAAAUCUGCCUCACUUUUACUUUUCACACAGGUUUCUGGGAGAAAUAGAAACAAUUUUCUCCUCCCUAUAAAAUUCAGCUAAAAUGAAGAAAAUUCUACAGUUGCCACUUGGGGGUGCCAUGGCCAUCUCAGCACAGGUACCUGGCACUUUACAUCAGCAGAACCUGGGCCAACCUGCCACAGCCUGCUGCCCAGGCCAUGCUGUUUCUACGUGCACACUACUUUAUGGAGAAAGGGCUACUGAUAUUAAAUGAAAGAAGGGAUCCUUUGGGGGAUUAGAUUGAAGUGCUUAAAACAAUUGCUUUGAUACUGAAAUGUUCUAAAUUUGCUGCUGGCUCAGGUCUGAUUAUAUUUUAUUUUGAAUGGGCAUAAAUCACUGCUUUAGUUCUAAACUUCCAAAUUAUUUUUGCUUUUGGAAAAAGAAGUAUCUCAAAAAUGCUUCUGUUCAUCUAAUUAUCAAGGGUCAGACCCCAAAUGUGGUCAUUGCCAUUAUGUACUACUCUGGUAGCUGCUUAAACUUGACACUUUGCAUGAAAAGGAAUCAACUAGCCAGCCAAUUAUGACCACCAGCUCCCCCCCUCUUCUCACCCUCACUAAACAAUUAGUUUGUAGCUUUGACAACUAGUUGUGAGUUUUUGUUGCCUAUAUGUGCUUAUUUUUGAAAGGAUGCUUUUAGAAUCAAAACCUACCUGAACUUUAGGUUCCACUACCAUCAGUCCUACUACUCCUUAGCCUCCCAGCAGGGCAAAUGAAUGAAUGAGUGCCCCCAAAGACAAGCUCAUCUCAGCUGCCAGACUGAUGGGCAGCUGACUCAUGGUAACCAGUGGCUUGCACCACAGCGCUGUGAAAUUCCCACUGUAAUCAUAAAUUGUCUCGCACCAUGAGAGAGGAGUCCUAAAUAUGCUUAGACUCAAAAGUCAGGACUUUGAGCGGAGUGGUUCUUUGCCAGGGGAGUAGUAGUUUUGGGGGAGAUUUUCCCAAGAUAAUGAUCAUCCUGGUAUGCUUAUCCCACCCUUAAAUAUGAAGCUUCUGAGAAGAAUGAUCUGAAAAGACCAGAAACAGGCUCCAGGAAAUGAAAAACAAAGAUCAUUCAGAGGUGUCCAUUAACAAAGAUCACAGGAAAGGUAUUUUGUUGCUAUCUGAAAUCGUCCUUUUUUCAUGCAGGACAUCUUAGAAAUGUGUAUGGCAACAAAUUAAUUUCUCCAUAGAAAACAAUGCAUUCAGAGGCAUUUCUGCAUAGUGUCUAUAUGUUGGUGUUUGGUGCUAUCCAUGUCCAGCCAGUGUGUUACUUAUCCUUAAGUUCUGACAAAUCUUAUCCUGUGCUUUUUGGCUGUACAAAAUUUUACAUAUACAUAUAUAUUUCUUUUGCCAAAAACAAAAGCCUUCCUCGUGAAAUGAUUGCUAAAGCAGAUUUCACUUCUUUCAUAAUUAAAAUACACACACACACAUGUAUACCUAUUACACCUACACUUAGCGACUUACAUUCUUUCCCAAGGAGCACAACUUUAAGGCUGUGAGAUACAACUAAAAAGGGCCCGUCUAUUUGAUUUUCCAGCCAAUUCUUGUAUCCAGGCUUCAGGGGAGAAUAUGAAAUUCCUGUUAUGUUUACAGCAACAAUCUCGUUCCCCACUGACUCUCAGCCUCCCUCUCCUUCCAUAUGAUUAGCAUCGUUAUGUUAUUUAGUGACCACAUCUAUUUCUAAGAAAGAGCAGUUGGUUCGUUUGAAAUCUCAGGUAUCAUUAAGGAAACGCCAGAGUGGGGGUGGACAGAUGACCCAACACCCAGGGCCAUUCGCCAGCCUUGGCAGUGACCACAUACUAGUCUCCCAAUUCAGUGGGCCUGGUAGAGGCCACCACUCACUCCAGACAGAGAGACACUCAGAGCAGCCUGACGCUCCUGCUGUAAGUCACGCUUUGCUAUAGCCCAAGUCCAUUGGGCACAACAGGGAAUUAAUUGGGCACUUCCUUCCUCACCUCUCCCAAGCCCAGCCCCUGAAUUAGAUAAGCUUCAUGGCAUUUCAUUGAAAGCCUCUUUCCUUGUUAUGACCUUCAUUGUUCCUCAAAUCCAGAGUUCUUUGUUGAGUCCUGCUGGAUAAGGAGGGCCCUGCUUCAGGGGAGCACUGUCUUCCGCCAGCACCAGCAGCAGGCCAGCUGCUUCUCUACCACCCCAAGGACGACCAUUACACAAGAGGCCACCACUGCAUUUGCAGAGCGGACUGACCACCACGAAUCAACCUUGAUGUCUCAUGAAAGCAAAAUGACCUGCCUUUUUAUUUGAUAGGAUAAUAUCAUUUAUUUUAUAAAUUCUUAGGGUUUUUUUCCUCAUUGUAAUAUUAUUGUACAGUUUUGCAUGGCCUAGGUGUAAUCAUUUUUGUUUAGAAUAUAAUGCUGACUGAUAUGUGUGUAUGGAAGGGGAAAAGAUAUUGCUUUCACCUCUUAUCACUUCUUUUGUUUGUUUUUAUGCCCCCAGUGUCUUAGGGAACUUUAUAAGAGAUUAUCUGCUACCAAACAAUGAUGUGGAUUCUUUUGCACAGAAAUAUUUAAGGUGGGAUAGUCAAAAAUGUUAACAAAAGACUUCUCACGAAUAUUUUAUGUUGGUAUCACUUAAUAUUAACCAGACUUUGAUGUACUGCAAUAAAACAGGGAACUGUUACAAUUGAA